CCAUCAAACUGAUCUGAAGAUCGAAAAUAGGAGGGCUUAUAGUAAUCAGCCCUUCAGACUCUCAUGACAAGGAAAAGUGUGGCAACGUUGUGGGAGCGCUCGGCACACACAGUAGGACUGGCGCUGCGCGCUCAGCGCAUAACCAACCAGAUAGCGCGCAGAGAGAAAGACAGAGACGAGGACGGUAGCAGCAUCCCGUGACGGAUGCAUUUUUUAGCUAAAAUCGAGCCUUGUGGAGACUGACAACACCAAUAGACAGAGAGAAGCCGGACGGAAAAUAAAGCCCUUUCUUUUUGGAGGGAUUUGAACACAGUGCCGUUGCGCUCUCGUCUCCUCCGGAUGCUCAGAAAUGGGGGAAUGGACUAUACUAGAGAGGCUCCUGGAGGCUGCUGUCCAGCAGCACUCUACUAUGAUCGGAAGGAUCCUACUAACAGUGGUGGUCAUCUUCCGGAUUCUAAUCGUAGCGAUAGUUGGAGAGACUGUCUAUGAUGACGAGCAGACCAUGUUUGUUUGUAACACCUUGCAACCGGGUUGCAACCAGGCAUGCUACGACAAGGCAUUCCCCAUUUCACACAUUAGAUAUUGGGUUUUUCAAAUCAUCAUGGUGUGCACUCCGAGCCUUUGUUUUAUCACAUACUCGGUGCAUCAGUCGGCCAAGCAGAAGGAGCGGCGCUACUCAACAGUCUAUCUGACACUAGAUAAGGAUCAAGAUUCGCUGAAACGAGACGAGAGCAAAAAGAUAAAGAACACCAUUGUUAAUGGAGUACUUCAGAACACAGAGAACUCCACCAAAGAAGCCGAGCCAGACUGUUUAGAAGUCAAAGAGAUCCCCAAUUCGGCCAUGAGAACUACAAAGUCCAAAAUGAGGAGGCAAGAGGGCAUCUCCAGGUUUUACAUCAUCCAGGUGGUUUUCAGAAACGCGCUGGAAAUAGGCUUUUUGGUGGGUCAGUAUUUCUUGUAUGGAUUCAACGUCCCCUCGGUGUAUGAAUGUGAUCGCUAUCCCUGCAUAAAAGAUGUCGAGUGCUACGUCUCCAGACCCACGGAGAAGACAGUGUUCCUGGUCUUCAUGUUCGCUGUCAGUGGGUUUUGUGUGGUGUUGAACCUGGCAGAACUCAAUCACUUGGGCUGGCGGAAAAUCAAAACUGCCGUGCGAGGCGUGCAGGCUCGGCGAAAGUCCAUUUAUGAAAUCCGAAAUAAGGACUUGCCAAGGAUGAGUGUGCCUAAUUUUGGUCGCACUCAAUCCAGUGACUCAGCUUAUGUGUAACACACGUGGAAGAAAACAUGUAAAAAAACAAAAACAAAAAACAAAAACCAUGAUGGACAUGAUGGACAGCUGUGCACGCCGAAUUCGUGUCAUGACUUAAAGAGUGGGCAAUUUUUUUUUUAAUUUGUUGGUCUUUGACAGACUUCAUGGCAAGCGUGGAUUACACGUUUGUUUACUUAUUUAUUCUUGCACUGAUGCAACUUUUUAGUAACGUUUAUACUCUGUAGGAUGGUAAACGGAGACCAUGUUAACGUGUUCACAUAUUUACUCUGGGGCUGUUCUGCUGUACUUGAAGAGAGUAAAUGCAAAAAUAAUUGCACUAAGAGGUGAACACUUGAGAGCCUGACCUUAUCCAAAUGUGCUACUGACCUGACGGUGUUUUUAAGACAUUUUCUUUCCACCUGUUUUGUUUUUGGCACCAACCUAAUUAAAUGGCACCAUACAAAGGAAAAAAAAAUCAACCACCCAGAUUUAUAUAUAAAUAUAGAUAUAUAAAUCCUUACUGACUAUGGUUCAGCGUAGAUAAAACACAUCAGCUUACUUCAUGUUUUUUGUUGCCUGUGUUGCACCACUGACCUUAACACAUGUAUCCAUUCCACUGCUUAAUAGCUAACUUGCAAAACAGUAUCUGGUGAAUUUGCUGCAAAACGCUAACGUCUGUGAUUUCCUUAAUUUAUGACACACCAAAGCGCCCACUGCUUUUAUUUGUGAAGUGUUUUCUUGCUUUUGUGUAAUCAAGUGCCAUACUUGUAUAUAGACAUAAUAUAUAUAUAUAUAUAUAUGUAUACAUAUGAAUAUAUAAAUAUAUAAUAAUCAUCAUGAAAGCCGAUUCCCUGCUUGGAUUAUGCUAAAUACCGCCUAAUUUCUUAUUUGCUUUAAAUGUAUUUGUUGUGAUUUAAACGAAAAAGAAAAGAGAUAUAAAAUUUUAUCUGUUUUAUUUUGCAAAUGACUGGAAGAAGAAAUGAAGUGCUACUCUUUUUUUAUAUACAAGAAAGAAAUGUCUCUCCCCAAACCGAGCUGAUAAAAACUGAAAAAUAGCACAAAAUUGAAAUUUUUAUCAAAGAACGGGCAAUAGAAAUCUGCUCUGGUGCUACAGUUUUUCAUAGAAUGGUUUUAAAAUGUAACCGAAACAGAUCAGAAAAAAAACUAACAUCUUUUUUUUCUGUGGAAA